UUUUUCUUUUCUUUUAAUUCUUUCUUUCUGACUAUUUCCGAUUGAUCAACUUCACAAAGAUGUUUAGGCGGCAGAUUUAUGCACCAUGCAAUCUAUUGCCUAGCCUAGUCGGAGAAGCGAGUCACCAGCCUAGUAUGGGUGCACCUUACCACUCCGUAAUUCCUGUGGUAUACGAUGUAGGAAGAGGCCACUUGCGGGCCGUGUACUUAAUCACGGUAUACUGACACACACCGUAGGGGCCACCCACUUCCUCAAUUCCUAUGACUACAUCCCAAUUACUAUGACUAC